AUGUCCAUGCAGGGAGUCCGGGGAAGGCUGUGGGGGUCCUUCAACACCACGCCCCCUGCCACCCCCCACUCGGAGCUGCCUGCCAACCAGACAGGCCCCUGGUGCUUGGAGGUGGCCGUCCCCGAUGGACUGUUCCUCUCUCUCGGGCUGGUAAGCCUGGUGGGGAACAUGCUGGUGGUGGUUGGCAUUGCCAAGAACCCAAACCUGCACUCACCCAUGUACCACUUCAUCUGCUGCCUGGCCAUGUCUGACCUGCUGCUGAGCAUGAGCAAUGUGCUGGACAUGGUCAUCACACUGCUGCUGGAGGCAGGCACACUGGCCAUGCGGGCGGACGUGAUGCAACAGCUGGAUAACGCCCUUGAUGUGCUCAUCUGUGGCUCCAUGGUGUCCAGCCUCUGCUUUCUCGGAGCCAUUGCGGUGGACCGCUACAUCACUAUCUUCUAUGCAAUGCGCUACCACAGCAUCGUGACGCUGGUCCGGGCGCGUUGGGCCAUUGCCACCAUCUGGGCAGCCAGCCUGCUCUGCAGCAUCCUCUUCGUCACCUAUGAGGACCACAUGGCCAUGCUGCUCUGUCUAGUCAGCUUCUUCCUGGCCCUGCUGAUACUGAUGGCUGUGCUGUACGUGCACAUGCUGGUCCGGGCCUGCCACCACGCCCGAGGCAUUGCCCGACUACACAAGCAGUGGUGCCCAGUCCGCCAGGGCCUUGGCCUCAAGGGUGCCGCCAUGCUCUCCAUCAUGCUGGGCUGCUGCUUUCUCUGCUGGGGCCCCUUCUUCCUGCACCUCAUGCUCAUUGUCCUCUGCCCCCAGCACCCCACCUGCAGCUGUGUCUUCAAGAACUUCAACCUCUUCCUCACCCUCAUCAUCUGCAACUCCAUUGUGGACCCCCUUAUCUACGCCUUCCGUAGCCAGGAGCUCCAAAAGACACUCAAGGAGGCGCUGAAGUGCUCCUGGAGCUCACCACGGCCUCCCCACAGCCAUUCUGCCCAACAACUGUUGCCCUUCCUGGAGCGCAGCCCAAACCCCGAGGGGCUGGCCCGGUUCGGCUCAGACUUGCUGGGCUGUCGAGGAGGUGCCGCGCCCGCCGCAUUGUGCGCGGAGACCUGUCGCUGCGUGGUGCUGAUGCUGCGGAGCCGGUGCCGCAGUGCGCGGAGCGCCGAGAUGAGGGAGAUUGUGCACAUUCAGGCUGGCCAAUGCGGUAACCAGAUCGGGGCCAAGUUCUGGGAAGUCAUCAGUGAUGAGCAUGGAAUUGACCCAAGUGGCAACUACGUGGGGGACUCAGACCUGCAGCUGGAGCGGAUCAGCGUCUACUACAAUGAAGCCUCUUCUCACAAGUAUGUGCCUCGGGCCAUCCUGGUGGACCUGGAGCCAGGCACCAUGGACAGUGUCCGCUCUGGAGCCUUUGGGCACCUUUUCAGGCCUGACAACUUCAUCUUUGGUCAGAGUGGAGCUGGCAACAACUGGGCCAAAGGCCACUACACAGAGGGUGCAGAGCUGGUGGACUCGGUCCUGGACGUCGUGCGGAAGGAGUGUGAGAACUGUGAUUGCCUGCAGGGCUUCCAGCUGACCCACUCGCUGGGUGGAGGCACAGGCUCAGGUAUGGGCACACUGCUCAUCAGCAAGGUACGAGAGGAGUACCCCGACCGCAUCAUGAACACCUUCAGUGUGGUGCCUUCACCCAAGGUGUCAGACACCGUAGUGGAGCCCUACAAUGCCACGCUGUCCAUCCACCAGCUGGUGGAAAACACAGACGAGACCUACUGCAUCGACAACGAGGCCCUCUAUGACAUCUGCUUCCGCACCCUCAAGCUGGCCACUCCUACCUAUGGAGACCUCAAUCACCUUGUGUCUGCCACCAUGAGUGGCGUCACCACCUCCCUCCGCUUCCCUGGGCAGCUCAAUGCAGACCUGCGAAAGCUGGCUGUCAACAUGGUACCCUUUCCCCGCCUUCAUUUCUUCAUGCCUGGCUUUGCCCCACUCACUGCCCGGGGCAGCCAGCAGUACCGGGCACUUACUGUGCCUGAGCUCACCCAACAGAUGUUCGAUGCCAAAAACAUGAUGGCAGCCUGUGACCCACGCCAUGGCCGCUACCUGACCGUGGCCACCGUCUUCCGUGGACGCAUGUCCAUGAAGGAGGUGGACGAGCAGAUGCUGGCCAUCCAGAGCAAGAACAGCAGCUACUUCGUGGAGUGGAUCCCCAACAACGUCAAGGUGGCCGUGUGUGACAUCCCGCCCCGUGGUCUCAAGAUGUCCUCUACUUUCAUCGGCAACAGCACGGCCAUCCAGGAGCUGUUCAAGCGCAUCUCGGAGCAGUUCACGGCCAUGUUCCGGCGCAAGGCCUUCCUGCACUGGUACACGGGCGAGGGCAUGGACGAGAUGGAGUUCACCGAGGCCGAGAGCAACAUGAAUGACCUGGUGUCCGAGUACCAGCAGUACCAGGACGCCACGGCUGAGGAGGAGGGCGAGAUGUACGAGGAUGAUGAUGAGGAGUCAGAGGCUCAAGGCCCCAAGUGAAGGCCCCUACCAGGAGCUGAAGGCCAGGCCUGGGGGGGUGGGGCAGCAGUUUGUCCCCAGGGCCC